AUGGCCCUACUCAAGACUCUCAUCAUCAGCUGCGCUCUGUUCGCUGUCAUCGAGUGCGCCCUGGUUCCGGCGGUGCCCGUCAACACGGACUUCGACCCUCAUCCACAGUACGCCUACGCCUACAACGUGCAGGAUGCCAUCACGGGAGACAGCAAGAGCCAACAGGAGGUGCGCGACGGCGACGUGGUCAAGGGCUCCUAUUCGGUAGUCGAUGCCGAUGGCUCGCUGCGCACCGUUUUCUACACCGCCGAUCCCAUCAACGGCUUCAAUGCGGUGGUGCAGCGCGGCCCAGUUCCAGUGCCAGUGGUUGCAGCAGCACCACGCCCCGUCGUACCCGCUGCCCCAUUCCUGGGCUGAGAGGCAACAGCUGCCGAUUUUAGCUUGUAGAUAAGUUAUUGUCUGUUACUGUUCUGUAGAUCUAACCGCACACUCAUAAAUCAUCCAAUAAAUCCAGUUAGCCAAAGAGAACAAACAACGUGGCUAAUUGCUGGGACACCUGGCUGUGGAUACUACCAGCUAUCGGUCGAACGCUGACAAAUGGCUCCAGUUCUAACCAAUUUGCAUGAGAUAUUUUAAAGAUAUGCAUUGCUAUACAACUGGA